AGAUUCAAUAUAUUGUUUUUGAGUUUUUCACAGGUAUUCGAUAUUUUGAACCCCGAUACAGGCAUUGCAUCCAGUACUGUAGGCACCUGGGGAGGCUAUAUUGGUUCAGAGCGGGCAAAGUCUGGCGACUUUUUUUAAUUAUUAUUUGUUUAUUUUUUUAAUAUAUUCUAUGGUUUUCUGAAAUGAUCAAGCCAAGUAAAAACACUGAUCAUGCCAUUUUAAAAUAUUGUAUUUGUUAUUUAUGUAUUAAUGUUGACCAACCCAAGUGUCAACAGAAUGUGAUAUAACAAAGCCUUCGUAUACUACAUGAAUAGAGACUAGUACAGUUAGGUUGUGAGCAGUUCAUCUUAAAUUGAAGAUCUUCCUAAUCCAUAUUCGCCACAGUUUACCAUGUUGUUGUAGUUUAGCUUUCCAAACUUGAAGCCAAUGUAUCCUGCCCCCACCAUUUUUUUUAUUUUUGUGCAAUAUGCAUUGAGACUUUGGGGGAUACAGUGGGAAACACAGAUUACACUGAACAGCAGUUUUAAACCCGGAGAGGCUUGACAAUGACACAUUGGAAUCCGGACGGGCAUUCCAUAACUCCAAGGCUGUGCCAAAGAAAGAAUAACAACACAACUGAAGGCGGAAAGGACUAAUGGUCAGAGCAGCUCUGUGGAGACCUCUCAGCCCUGGUCUCGAGCACAGACUGACAUAGAGGGAGAACACAUACAAAGCGCUAUGGAUUGUUCCAACUCAGAAGCUAAAGAUGCAAAACCUGUAUCUCUUGACAUCACUGGAAAAAGAGAAAGUCAACAAAGGGACCAAACAUCUCACCAAGCGACGUCAAGCCAGCAUCCAGAAGUGCUUUUCCAAGAAGAAAACAUUGACCUUGAUGGGGAAGCAUUUGUUACGCCGCAAGAGGAUAUUUCAGAGAGCUUUAUGGAUAAACUCAAUGACCAAAUGAUGGAAAGCGUCUUGAUAUCAGAUUCGCCCAGUAACAGUGAAGAUGACCUUGGUCAGAUGGAGAGUCUGCAGGAUAUUUUGGAGCAGGAUGAAGAAAGGGAAAACUUUGGGAUAAAAGAAACUGAGAAUAAAGAAAACCACGAGGCUACUGGUGAGAAGACAAAGCUUGAAAGUUUGGAAAAACCUGAAGAAAUCACAAAGAUAACCUUAACACAUGAUGAGAAACAGGACGAGCCAAAAGAAGAGUCAAAAGUGGUUGAAACCCCUAGCCAACCAACAGUGGAUGAUUAUGAUUUAGUUAAGACUGAGCAACAAGAAUCAACAGAAUCUACGAGUUCAGGUAAACAGUCACCAAAGGAGGAAACCAUCCCGGUGUGUACUAUCUUCAGUCAAAGUAAUUUGCCUAAAAUCCAAGCCCAGUCUUUGAUGCCUGCUGGGUUUGAACCUGCAAUGGUUAAGUCACCUAGUUUUGGCAGCGGCAUUGAAACCCCUAACAAACUCCUUCCAUUAGUAUGUCAGCCAAGUCCGAGUCUCAGCAAGUUUUUUGUAGACAACGGCAAUUCUAACCCAGCAGCAGACUUCUUUGAUUCAUUUACAACCUCAUCUUCUUUCAUUUCAGUUAGCAAUCCUAACGCAAACACCCCCGAUUCCUCAAUACCAGAAGGACUGUCAUCUUUGUCCUCUCCAACUGGGGUUGCUCCCCAAGAACCUGCUACUCCUACCUUUUUCUUUGGGGGUGCCCCCCCUGAGUCACCUGUUAAGCCAUCCUCUGCUGAAAUUACACCUCAGUUUUCACAGAUACAGGCUGCAUUUGCAGGCAGCGAUGAUCCCUUUGCCACAGCCCUUAACAUUAGUGAAAUAGACAGAAGAUAUGAUGCUUGGCUCCCAUCAGAAGAAACAAGGAAGAUUUUGAUUUCUGUUGCCACUCAGCAGUACAACACAGUGUUUAUUGAGAAAAAGCAGCUGACCAUGCCCGGAUUGAGGUUUGACAACAUUCAGGGUGAUGCCGUCAGGGAUUUAAUGGUGCGUUUUUUGGGGGAGCAGGCUGCAAUGAAGAGGCAGGUUUUAACAGUUAACUCUGUGGAGCAAUCCUUUGUGGGACUAAGGCAGUUAAUUAACACAAAGAACUGGAGGGCUGCUGUUGACCUGACUGGAAGACUACUGACUGCUCACGGUCAAGGGUAUGGGAAGAGUGGGCAGCCUACCAGCCACACUACAGAUUCCCUGCAGCUCUGGUUUGUAAGGCUAGCAUUACUAACCAAAUUAAGCCUGUUUCAAAAUGCCGAGCUGGAGUUUGAACCAUUUGGAAACCUUGACCAGCCAGACCUUUACUAUGAAUAUUACCCGAAUGCAUACCCAGGACGCAGAGGUUCAAUGGUUCCAUUUUCAAUGCGGAUUUUGCAUGCUGAGCUGCCACAGUAUCUUGGAAAGGCACAAGAUUCCCUUGACCGCCUACACAGCAUGAAAAUGAUUGCCUUAAAGAUUUUGGAUAAUUUGGAGAAUGAACUAUCAGAAGAUGGAAGUAUGAUUAACAUAACACAAGAGAACAGGCAAGCUGCUAUUCAGCUGUGGAGGUCACGUCUGUGCCGGGUGAAGUACUCCAUGGCAAACUGUCUGCUACUGAUGAAGGAUUAUGUGCUAGCAGUAGAUGUGUACCACUCAAUCAUCCAGUAUGAACCAGAGCAACAACCCCAGCUUCUAAGCGGAAUUGGAAGAAUUUUCCUCCAGAUUGGUGACAUUAAAACAGCAGAGAUGUAUUUCCAGGAUAUGGAGAAAGUAUUCACAACAAAAGGAGAUGAUCCAAACCAAAGUACUUUGGUUUUAAUGAACAGGGCAUUUGUAUACCUAAGUCAGAAUAACUAUGGAGAAGCACACAGUUUGUUUUCAGAGGUUUUGAAAAUAGACCCCUCUAACCCUGUGGCAAAUAACAAUGCUGCAGUUUGCUUGCUGUAUUUGGGUAAAUUGAAAGAUUCCCUCAAGCAAUUAGAAGGAUUAGUCCAGCAAGAUCCCAAACACUACCUUCACGAGAGCGUUCUUUUUAACCUCACGACUAUGUAUGAACUGGAGUCCUCCCGCAGCAUGCAGAAAAAGCAAGCUCUGCUGGAGUCUGUUGCCUGCAGAGAGGGAGAUAGCUUUAACGUUCAGUGUCUAAAGUUGGUGUAAAGUUUGUGUGCUUACAAGAGCUUAGACUUCUGUUUCAUGGCUUUGAAAGUAGAAUGUAAAAAAUAAAUGUGUGUGUGUAUAUAAUUAACAAUCAAAGAAUUUCUACUGAUGAAAAAAUGUAUUUGAUUUGUAUUUAUGAAUAAAGACUAUACAAAGUAA